UGACGUGUCUAAAACAGUUGUGGGGAAAGCCAAGCAGGGGAAUAUUUGGUCAGAAAAAGUGACUGAUUAUAUUCCCUGUAGAAAACAUCAACGCCAGAAGUUGACGUCAGAUCUUUAAUUUAUUAUCUAUAUAUAUUUUUUUAUGUUUUGAGAGUGUAAUCUAUCCUUGUUGUGAUUAACUUCAGUCCUUGUCGGCAAGAUGUUGGAUUUCUUCGCCAUCUUCAGUAAAGGGGGAAUAGUGUUGUGGUGUUUUCAGGGAGCUGGGGUUGCUGAAUCUUUUGCAGCACCUGUCAACGUUCUCAUCCGAUCUGUCAUCCUACAGGAGCGCAGUGGAAACAAUUCCUUCAACCACAAUUCAUUGACUCUAAAAUACAAGCUGGACAAUGAGUUUGAGCUUGUUUUUGUGGUGGGUUUUCAAAAAAUCCUCAUGCUGACCUAUGUGGACAAGUUGAUAGACGAUAUCCAACUUCACUUCAGGGAUCGUUAUAAGAAUGAACUCGAGCAAAAGGGUGCCAUCAAAUAUUUGGUCAACGAUUUUGAGUUUGGAGAUGAUUUUGACCAGCUGCUCCGUGAGGCAGAGGAGAGCAGCAGGUUGAAGGAUCCUGUUGUCAUGAGGACCUUCACUCAGUCCCUGAAGUCCCAGAAAACUGUGAAGUCCAUGAUCGAGACGAAGGGAGGGGACAAGGGCAAGGAGCAGGGGGGCAAGAAGAAUAAAAAUGCCAAAAAAGAAGCAGAAGAAGUCGCGGGAGCUGCACAGAGCAAGUCCCCACCCACUUCCAAGAAGGUGGUUGUCAAUGGCAACCAGGACCUGACUAAGGAGGAGUUGAUUCAAAGGAAUCGUGAGGAGAUGUUCCGCAAGAUGGCUAAGAGUGGCACUGCCACCAGAUCUCCCAAGCCUCAGAAGGAGAAGGAGAAGGAGAAGGAGGAGAAGAAGAAGGCUGCUAAGGCGAAACGCGUGUGGGACAACUGUGGCACCAACCUCAAGGAGCUGGACUACAGCGACAAGGUCAACGGCUCCCAGGAUGCAGGGCUGGCCAGGGAGCAUGCGGAGCCGGAAAUGCAUCUGGAGUCUAUGGCUGGUGACCUGCGGGACGUAGAUUACGAGUCCAGUGAACCAGAAGAUGAGGAGGAGGAGGAGGAGGAAGAGGAAGAGGUGGAGAGGGUGGUUGUCACUGAAGCCAGCAAGACAGGGGCCAAGCGCGGGGGCCUGGGCGGGAUGUUUGGAAUGUUCAAAGGGCUGGUGGGCUCCAAGAGUCUGACCCAGGAGGACAUGGAACCCGUCCUGGACAAGAUGAGGGACCACCUCAUCGCUAAGAAUGUAGCUGCUGAUAUUGCCUCCCGGCUUUGCGACUCAGUGGCCAAGAAGCUGGAGGGCAAAGUCAUGGGCACCUUCACCACUGUGGCCUCGACAGUAAAGCAGGCUCUGCAGGACUCUCUGGUGCAGAUCCUGCAGCCCAAGCGGCGCGUUGACAUCCUGCGGGACGUGAUGGAGGCGCGCUCCCAGCGCAAGCCCUUCGUCAUCACCUUCUGCGGCGUCAACGGCGUGGGCAAGUCCACCAACCUCGCCAAGAUCUCGUACUGGCUGAUUGAGAACGGCUUUAGCGUGCUGAUAGCGGCGUGUGACACCUUCAGGGCGGGGGCCGUGGAGCAGCUGCGCACCCACCAGCGCCGCCUCAGCAUGCUACACCCCUCCGAUCAGCACGGGGGCCGUCCUUCCGUGCAGCUCUUUGAGAAGGGCUACGGCAAGGACGCCGCCGGCAUCGCCAUGGAAGCCAUCGCCUACGCUCGUAACCAGGUCUUUGACGUGGUGCUGGUGGACACAGCCGGGCGCAUGCAGGACAACGCUCCGCUGAUGACCGCUCUGGCCAAGCUAAUCGCCGUCAACACCCCGGACCUGGUGCUGUUCGUGGGGGAGGCGCUGGUGGGCAACGAGGCAGUGGACCAGCUGGUGAAAUUCAAUCAGGCGCUGGCAGACCACUCCAUGUCUGAUAGACCCCGCCUCAUCGAUGGCAUCGUCCUCACCAAGUUCGACACCAUUGAUGACAAGGUUGGUGCUGCCAUCUCCAUGACCUACAUCACCGGGCAGCCAAUCGUGUUUGUGGGCACCGGGCAGACCUACAACGACCUGCGCAGCCUCAAUGCCCGUGCCGUGGUCAGCGCCCUCAUGAAGGCCUAAGAGAUGCCCACUUCCCUAACUGGACCCCCCACCCCCCCACCCCCAGAACCAGGUCUCGGAGGGCCACCAUGUCUAAAGCCAAGCACCUGAAUAUAACUAUCUAAUCAUGAUCUAAAGAGUACCACAAUCAAGUGCGGUGUGUUACUUCCCCCCCCCGAGGGAGACUAUCUGGAUGAUGUGGAACUAAAUAAAUAGCUAGAUUUCUUGUCUUCCUUCGUGUAUGCAGGAUCAAAACUAAAUCAGAUGUAGUCUUAAUGUUUGUGCAGAAAACUAGUCCCUUUCUUUAGGUUGGCGUCCACAUUUAGGCACGUGGGCACCUCCUGAAUCUGAGAACUAUGAAAACAUGGUGGCCCCCCACCCACUCUUCCCCAUACCUCUCCAGCAAGAAGUGGUCCCUGAUACAGCGCCCAGUGACCCCCCCCCCCCCCCCCCAUUCUGAUAGCCGUCAGUGUGAGGCUCUCUGCCCUGUGCUGUGCCCAGUGUGCUCUGUCACUCCUCAGCCCUGAUGACCCUCUCUCUGUCUGUCUGUCUGUCUGAGGCUUCCUACCUGCCGUGCCCAUGUUAUCGCUCGGACAUUUCUCAUGCAUAGCAGCUUUCAUCCUGCCACCCUGGAGGAGGAGGAGGAGGAGGAGGAGGAGAAGGAGGGCAUGUGGAUUUUUAGCAAGCAACCGUCAGACGCGCACACACACACACCCUUUUGUUACCUUCCCUCCUGGUUAUAAUGUGGGGCCAAAGAGAGUGUAUGUCCAGUUUUGAUAGCUCUUUAUGAACAAAAAUGGCAAAAGAAUUAGUAAAAACAAACACCUGGAUAUAAAAUAAACAUAUGAAUAAAUCAAAGGGUAAUAUAUUCCUAAUUUUAUUUUGUUUAUCUUGUCUGUUUUAUUUGGAUCAUGGCAUGAAGUGUGUUUACAGGCUUCCCUAUAUAACUAAUCAAAACUUAUUCAGAAGCAACCAGGACAAGAAUUUUGGUCAAGAAACACAUCACUAAUUGUACAUAGUGGCUCCCCCGAUAUUUUUCACAGCUGUGUUUGUUAUUGGCCAGUUCAGAGUCUGCUGGUCUGCCAGUCUUGUUGAACGUUCCUCAUUCAGUCGGCCUCCUCUCCUCUGUGUGCUGGUGAAAGCUGACCAUGUGACCAUAGUGCCUAUCCCUCCACAAUCCCACGAUGCAUCUGAUAACGCAUGGGCAUCUGUCUGUUCUUAUUUGUGAGACACAAGUAAGGCCUACACUACUCUUUCCAAAAAACCCUCAGUCUCGGAAGAACUACCACACACUCACUCUCUCCUCCACUCAUCCAGAAAGAUAUAUUCCAAGUAGGUGACUUAGUGACAACGCUGGGUAAAUUGACUCAGGGUAAGUGGUAAACCUCCAAAUAGAAGUGCCCUGUGGCUUCAUUGGCUCCUGGCAAAACAAAUCCAUAGGGCUCUUCUUUUAGGAGGUUUACCACUUACCCGGAGUUUGCUCACCCAGGUUUGUGACUAAACCACGUAUGUGGUAUACCCCUGCUCUCUGGACCUUACUUGGCAGCCUGGAUGAGGAGUGGUUCAUCUUCUAGAAUUUUCUCUCCACCAUCCAUGUCUGCCAGAUCACAGGCAAUGAGAAGCGGGCAGUUUGGACCUGAUCUGCUGACGCGCAUAACAACGAGAAUUUGACAUGGAAAUGUACACACAUAACAAUGAAAAUGCAAAACAAAAACAAAAACAAAAACAAACAAAACCUCCACAGCCAGGCCUGAUCUGAUGGUGAGACACCUGGGACAAGUCAAGCCAUCAUUCUUUCUUUUCCUCUCAUGCCAUCCAGUCUUGCCUCUUUUUCUCUCUUUCGCUCCGUUCCCAAUCUCUGUUAACCGUACAGAUUUCGUAUUGAUUACUGGCAAACCUGAUCUUGCUUUAAGUUAUUAAUUUCUUUUCCCACCUUGCCGACCUCCUGUGUUUUCCUUCAAGGUAUAUUGUGCAGCUGAAUGCUUCAAUUAAUCAAGAGUCUGUAGUUUCAAGAUGGAACAAAAUAUGAACUCACAGUUUCUGCUCUAUUAAUUACAACAGAACAGUUUACAAUACUGUAGUCCACCUGAUAGAGAACAAUGAAUACCUUAUAAUUGGGAAAGCCUGUCAGGGUAAGAAGGAUGCCCAACAGCAAAAAUAAGUGAAGAAUUUGUUCAAAUGAAAAUCAUUUUAGGGGCAUGAUAUGACAUGAUUAUUUUCUUUCAUGUGUAACUGCCAAACUAUUUGGAUAGUAUUGUACAUGACGCCGAUCAGAGAUGAGUAAGAGUAAUGUUGCCCCAUAACCCUUUUCUUUACCGUUUUAUUUUAUUUUGUUCAUUUUGAACCCUGACCUGACUAUCCCACUUUGAUUUGCAGUAGUGCAACAUGCACCGAGAGCGACAUAGAGAAGACUUUGUCAUAAUUUAUGAGAAUGUACAAACAUUUCUUAAAUAAAGCUGCUGUUAUAGCCUGUGA